GUAGACUUUGUAAGCCAUGGAACCGGCCACCCACCCUAGAGGAAAGCAGUCAUUGCACAACCUCAGGUCAGGGACCCAAAGAGCCCCAGACAGCCCCGAGGAGCCCCCGGCCAGGCUGCGAGGGGAGAUGGUGCUUUGGAGUAGGAGUCCAGGCUCGGGAGCUCACACUCAACCUGCAGAAGGAGAUCUCCUUGGCCAAGACCAAUCACAGCAUCACUGACCUGUUCUGGACGCCCAUCCUGUGCCUUGUGACCUUCUGUCUUGCCCCAGCCUGGUACCCCAGCACACCACCUGCUCACACCCCAGACGGGGGGCAUGAACGAAGCCUCCAGUGGGCUCACCUGAAAACAAGGCUAAGGGCACCUGCAGGAGGCCACCUCCCCUCUCCCGGGCCGGCCCAGCCCAGCCCCAGUCCCAGAACCCCCUGCGUCCUGCCUCACACCCAGGUCCAGACUACCAGAUUUUCCACCAAUUUUGCCUACUAUAAUUUGGCUAUGAGUGUGGAAGAAUUUGGAGUCAACAUCAAUUUCCUCCAGCCCAUCUUUGGUGAGGUGGAUAUCCAGGCCAAGUUCACUACCAUCUGGACUGGCGCAUUACCCAGGCCGCUGCUCUACUCGUGGCAGGAGGGUCCAUCCUGGCUCUCAUCUUUGUGCCCUUGGACAAACAGGUAUGGGCAUAAGCACUGCGUGGACCCGCGUGGGAGCCUGACAGACCCGCUGGUGAAGAUCACAGGCAAGUGGCAGCCCCGCGUCCCCAACACCAUCUUUGGGACCAUCGCCCUCUUGGGAGGAAGUGCCACCCUCUUCCUGCCUGAGACCCUCAAUCAGCCAACGCCAGAGACUAUAGAGGACAUGGAAACCUGGUCCCUGUGGGCAAAGGAGCUGAAGGAAGAACCAGAAGCAGGAGAAACAUCCCGUAGGACCAGGCGUGGGCCCCAGCCGAGGACAGCAGAGCCCCAUUUUCCCACCCUCCAGAGGUCAGUCCUGGCCAGGUCCCUGCUUGCCUGCCUCUGGGCUCCUCAGACCCCUUAGGAGGUCCUGGGAAGGUCCUUACCCCCCAAAAUCUUCGGAGUGCUUGCUAAAGGCAUCUCCAUGCCGACCAGAGCCCCCAGUCCUGGCCAGUUCAAAGGUUCAGCCUUCACCCACACCCCUCCCCUUGCCCACAUCCGCCCUGUAGCCCAGGCCCAGCCAUUCUUCUGUCCAGCCCUUCCCCACUGGCCACUGCCCCCCAUUGUUCCAGCCCAGUUCCCCUAAGGUCCCCUGGGAUCAAUCCUAACAAAGACAGCCUCCACUUUUGCUCCCCAGCCCUCUCUUCAAUGGGAGGCCUCAAUGAGCACAACAGAGAGCUCAGGCCCUGCUGCUCGGCAUAGGGGUGGGGAAGGGGGAGGCCCCCGGGCGGACACGUGAGCUGCACAUCCAUCUGUCCACACGUGCAUGUACGUGCGGGUACAGGCGCAUGCAGACAAGGCUGAUGUGAACAUGAGCAGGCCGAGGUGUGUGUACACCAAGCCUGUAACAGUCCGCUUGGGCCGCUAGAACAACAUGCCACAGACUAGAUCACUUAGUCAACGACUCGCUCCUCACAGUUCUGGAGGCUAGGAAAUCCUAGAUGCCGGCCACCUCAGUGCUUGCUGGGGGCCCCGUCCUGGUUGCAGACAGCUGCCUUCUCCCUGCGUGUGCCCUCACAUGGCAGAGGGAGACAUGGUAUCUCCUUGUAAGGGCGCUGAUCCCAGCAUGAGGGCCCACCCUCACGACCUCCUCUGACCCUGAUCACCCCCCAAAUGCCCCAUCUUUAAAUGCCGUCACACUGGAAGUUAGGGCUUCCACAUAUGAAUUUGGGCAAGGGCACAAUGCAAACCAUAGCAAGUCCUGUGCUAGGACAUACCACAUACAUAUCUACAUGUCCAGCGUGUUUGUGAACAGAUGACAGAACAAACCCAGGGUGGCUACAGACAGAAGCUGGGUUUCCCCAGCCCUGAUCCCCCUCCUCCCUUGCCUCAGUCUUUGAUCUUGUGUCUAGUAUUUUCACUGUAAGCAUUUUCACCACAAACAUUUUUACCGCAUAAUUAAUUGGCUGUAAGGCAAUUUUGCUGUAAAAGAUAAAAUAGUUGGUUAUCAGUUUGGUUUCAUUUCUCCAUUGGCAGAGUUCACAUUCUUACAUAAAUCAUAGCUGGCCCUCAUAAUGGUCUGUACCGUGAGAAGUCUCAAAAUAGUGGGUGAUAACAACUCUUUAUGGCAACUUGAUAGCAAAUACAGUGAUAAAAUUUACUGGAAGUGUGAAAUGAAAGAGUACAGAGUCAGAUUGCACACUAUAUUGAACCAGAAAAUGAUUACAUAUCAGAUACAACAAUAGCAAAGCUCAGUUAGAAAGGCCUUGCAGCGUUAGCAUUUCUUCCACAUUUCCGUAGAACUUUGGACUGUCUAUCAACAGACAUGUGAUCAUAUGCCAAGAAUGAACAACGUGUAGCAGGAGGCUUUCACAAUGCACCACAAAGCUCAGUUACAAAUAGGCAUCCUAGUAUCUGGAACACUCUGAAGGAAGGAAGAAACUAAUAAUUAGCUUUAUUGAUUUUUCUCAUGUUUCAUUAUGUCCUUUUUAA